AGAACUAGGGCUGCCUGGCUUUCGAAUAGGGGGCAGCAAGGCGCUCCGCCGGAUUAUCCGGCAGGGAUCGUUCUGACAACCGCUGGCCUCGUAAACUGGGCAGGCAUCUGGGACCUCCGCUGCAACCCAAAGAGGAGUCCUUAUCAAGGGCGGAAGUGAGCGAUCCGGAGGUUUGACUUUUCGGUGGAGCCCGGGAGAAGUUUGUGGGUCGCGCGUUUCAGUGGGUGGGACGAGCCCGGCGGGAGCCUUGCGCGGCAGGGAGUUAACCAGCCAGGAUGAGUUCAAAAGUUUGGCAGCGAGUUGGCAGUAGUUGCGGGAGGGGGCUUCCGAGCGGUGCUUAAUUUGCCAGAGGAGCAGAUUUAGAACGGCUGCAGGCCGGGCGGGGAGGGGGAGGGGAGCCGUCUCCCCCAGGGACUAGGCUGCAAGGCUUCGGAGCCUGUGGGCGGAAAGGGAGGGUCGGGCCGGGAGGGUCGGGGACCUGGUUUCCCCUUCCCGCCCGAGUAAGACGGCGCGGGGUCCAGCAGCGGGAGGUCGGAGGAUCCGCGCGAGGGGGAGGAGGGGGGCGCCACCUAGAACUGCCAGCAGAGGCCUAGGGAGCGCGAGGCGAAAAGCGGGCGCCCACGACCGCCUGCCUCCCGCGCGCGUGAGCGAAGCAGCAGCAGCAGCAGGGAGUGAACUGCCGGCAGGCUCCGGGUAGACGGGACCUGGGCUUGGCCAGCCGCCUCAGCCGGAGGAGGCCACCCGGGGAACCGCUCGGAGUUGGGCGACUCUCCUCCUCCCCGCCCUAUGUCUCUGCCGGUGGUGGUGCCGGGCUCCUGCUGUCCCAUGGCGCGGCUCUCUGAGGUGGGCAGACCUUGCUCAGCGGGGGCUGCUGUGGCGGCUGCCGCCGCCUCCAACCCGCCUCCCCUGCCGCCUCCUCGUCGGCUCCGCUGGUCCAGCUCCGGCUUCGGGCAGCCCCGGCCAGCCUCCCUCUCCCCAGUGGCUUCACGUCUGAACGGGGCCUCGUCCGCUGCCGGCCAGAGCCCGCUGCCGGCCAGACCGCUGCUGUCCCUGGGGCUGCUGCAGUUGAUAUUGGGGUGCAGCAUGGUGGCCCUAAGUUUUGGGGCGCUCUCCCUCAGCAACUCCCCGCAGGUGAAGAACUCCUGUCCCUUCUGGGCCGGCUCCUCGGUCAUUUUAUCAGGGAUUAUAGGAUUAACAAUAUGGAAGAGACCCAUGAUACUUUUGGUUAACUUGUUUGUUUUGCUUUCUGUUAUUUGUGUUCUCUUGAACCUGGCUGGCUUUAUCCUUGGAUGCCAAGGAGCUCAAUUUGUGUCCAGUGUCCCUAGGUGUGAUCUGGUAGAUGUUGCUGAAAAUAAAAUUUGUUUCUGCUGUGAAGAAUUUAUGCCAGCAAAAUGCACCGAGAAAGAAAAUGCAUUGCAGUUGUAUGCAAUCCAAUCAUGCAGUUCAGUUCACCUUCUACUCAAAAAAGUUCUCUUUGCUCUCUGUGCUCUGAAUGCCUUGACAACCACUGUUUGUUUGGUAGCUGCUGCCCUACGUUACCUGCAGAUAUUUGCAACUAGAAGAUCCUGCAGAGAAGAACCGCAAAUUUAUACAGAGGAAGUUGAGGAAGAUGGCCAUGCUUCUGAUCCUGAUGAUUUUGUGCCACCAGCCCCACCUCCAUCAUAUUUUGAUACCUUCUAUUCUUCCACAUCACGAGGCAAUCGCAGGAUGCUGGGUUCUGAUGUUAUUCCAUUACCACACAUUUAUGGAGCCCGAAUUAAAGGUGUUGAAGUUUUCUGCCCUCUUGAUCCCCCACCUCCUUACGAAGCUGUGAUGAGCCAGAUAAGACAUGAGCAGGAAGAUGCAUCCAAUUCAGCUGUCACAGAAGCUGUAAAUGAUCCACCUGAACAAAAUGAUACACAGGUACCAGAAGGAGAUGAAAGUUCUCCUAAUUCUUUGAGUAGAGAGACUACUUUGUCUCCGGAUGCCAGCUUGGUACCUGUGGGGACUUCUCAGCUAUUCAGAAAACGAUCAAAAAGUGAUCCUGUUCUUCAGACCUUUCCAUCCAGAGGUCCAGUGCUAAGUUGCGAAGCUGCUACUCAAACAGACCGAAAACCACAGCUGGCUACUGUCAUUUUGCGGAAAAGUCUGAGAGCAAAGGCUGUUGCACGCUCAAGGCCUCAGUCUUUAAUAGACUACAAAUCAUAUAUAGAUACUAAGCUUCUGGUAGCCAAAUUCUUGGAGCAGUCCUCCUGCAACAUGACACCUGACAUACACGAACUAGUAGAAGACAUCAAAUCUGUCUUAAAAUCAGAUGAAGAGCACAUGGAGGAAGCUAUCACCAGUGCCAGUUUCCUCGAGCAGGUCAUGACUCCUGCUCACUCAGCCAUAACAGGAGCACACACACUGCCUUUCAGGAGGCACCCGGGACUUUUGCACUUGGAGAGCUGUGGAGAUGUAAGUACUUUUACUGCAGCUGGAACCCGGGGUCCAGACAGGAGAACACAGCAGAUGGAGCCAGAGCGGCCUCACAGUCUCAUCGGAGUUGUCCGAGAAACAGUACUCUGAGCUCGAUUGCUUUUUGGUCCUUCGUGGGGUGCAAAGACCAGAGCAGGAAAGCAGUUGGAUGGAGGGGUCCUUAAUCUAUGUUUCUCACUUACUGUACUGCUGCUUUUGAAAGAGCAUUUGAGGAAAAAAAUGGAGUAAAUUACUUCGAAGAAAACCACAGUGCAUUAUAAAUAGAAAUGAAUCUCUGAAUCAGAAAAGAAGGAUAUUCAGGUGGAGUUAGGAUAUAUGAGGAACAGCUCUGUAUUGUGAGAUACAGGUAAAGAAGGAGGAGUUUUCUUUUUAAAAACAAAUAAUUGUUUCUACAUAAACUUUUGAGUGUUGUCCCUGGUAUGUGUGGGUUUCAUUAUAAUGUUGUUUUAUAUUUGAAAGGGAAUAUAAGAUUGAGAUAUUUACAGUAUAUGGAAGUGAAGUAUGUAUUCUCAUUCAUCGCUUUCCUUUUUGGUAAUGUUGCACUACACAUUAUUUAUCACGAUAAUUUUUUUAAAAAGUAAAAGAAGCUUUUAAAAUGACAUGUGGGGUGAACAGCGCUGUCACUUUACUAUACUUAAAAGUGCUGCAUGAACCUUCAGCUCUCAUUUUUUAUCACUUCAAGUGCAAAAGUGCUUAAAAGUAAUAGGUCAUUCAGGUAUUCUGCUGCUGCUCUCAGCCCAUAAACUACUCAUUAAUCUUGAAAAAAUGGAUGAAUAAAAACAGAACAAUGAUACAUUUUUCCAGGGCAGCUUUAUUACCAAAAUGAUGAUGGGAGAAUGAGCAAUCUUAUGACAAUGAGGAGGGCUGUGCAUGCUUCAAAAAUGAUUCAAAAGAGCUUCAGACUGGAAGGAAGUGAGAAAAUAGUACAGAUGCUAUUUAUUCAUGCAGCCUGAAAAUAAAAUGCCAUUGAUUUUAAAGGUUAACUCAUAAUCAUCAAUCCAUUAAAGAGGUGGCCUCCUUUUUUGGGAUCAUGUAGAAGCCUGAAAAAAAAAAAAAAAGAUUGCAUUGGCUAUCCAAAAAUGCUAGGCUUCAGAAAGACUGAAGCACUUCUUGUGAUAUUUUCGAAGUGUGCAUUACUCUCUAAAUGUUUUAUGGGAAUGAUUUUUUUCUCUGCUUAAAACAUACAGAUAAAAUGUAUUUUCAUAAUUUGUCUUAAUUAUUAGUAGGAAUCCAGAUGAGAAAAGGGGGGUUUUCUCUCUCCCUAAAUCUUUGUUGACUCAAAAUACAUUCUGCACAUUUCAAAACACUUGUCUGUAAUGGAAGAAACUGGUGGUACCGGUAGGAGCCAUUGCUACACAUUUUUAGGUUUUUCCUUUCAGCUUCCUGAAAUGCUGAUAAUCCAACUCUUCUUUUCCUCAAAUUAUUUGUCUUAAUUCAGAAAAUUAAUAAACUGCAUUUAAUUUUGAUUAAAAUUAUAAAUGAAAUA